AAAAAUGUCAUUUUAUCAUUAUGUGCCACUUCUUAAAAUCAUCGAAUGAUAACGACUCGUAAAUGUAUAAUUUCAGUCGAAAUGUAUAGAGGCAAUGCAAAUGCUAAAAUAGAGUCAGUAAGUUUAUCAAGUGAUAGACACCGGUGAAAAGUUAAGCUUUCAAAAGAGAAUACCUACUGCGGCCAUAUUUUCAUCCUGCAUGAUCUUUUAAUCAAAUUAGAAACAAGCAAACAUUUAACAAAAUGUCUGGAGCGACAAUAAUUGUUGAUACAAACUAUGGACCUCUGCGCGGUCAUCAGAGGAAAUCUGCCGUAGGUGAAAAGUUUUUCAGUUUUCGUGGUAUUCCUUACGCAAAGCCACCCAUUGGUGACUUGAGAUUUAAGGAUCCCCAACCUGUCGAUCCAUGGUUCGAACCAAAAGAUUGCACAGAACCUGGUCCGGCCUCACCUUCUUUCAAUAUCAUGACCAAUACAGUUGUUGGUGACGAAAACAAUCCUUUGGUACUAAACGUUUACACAAAAGAGCUUUCACCUCGAAAAUUGCUGCCUGUAAUGGUUUGGAUACAUGGAGGGGCAUUUAUAUUCGGCGACUCGUCGGAAAUGUUGUAUGGUCCAGAUUAUCUUUUAGCCGAUGAAAAUGAUAUCGUUUUCGUUUCGAUGAAUUAUCGACUUGGUGCUCUGGGAUUUCUCAGUAUUGAUGAUCCUAGUGUUGGUGUGCCUGGAAAUGCCGGUCUAAAGGAUCAAGCUCUUGCCCUCAAAUGGGUUCGACAGAAUAUCCACCAUUUCGGUGGCAACAACAAAAAUGUUACUGUCUUUGGAGAAAGUGCAGGCGGUACCAGUGUUCAUUGGCACAUGUUAUCAAACUUUUCCAAGGGACUGUUUGAUAAAGCUAUCGUGCAGUCCGGUUCAGCAUUGUUAUCAUGGGCAAAUGGUCCUCGCAGUAACCAACCAGAACGUUUAGCAAAAAAACUGGGAUGGGAUGGUGUUGGUGGUGACCAGAAACUAGUUGAAUUUUUGAGGAGCAUAGAUUUCUCUGAGUUGAUUCGGGCUCAGAAUAUUUUGACAGAAAGCGAAAAGCAAGAGUGGAUUUACUCUGCCUGGGUUCCAAGCGUCGAACCGUACACUGCCGAACAGAGUUUUUUCACUGAAAACCCUUUGGCAACAUACAAAUCUGCAUGGGGUAACAAAAUCCCAUUAAUCAUUGGCGGUACAGUUGACGAAGGUCUUCUGCUUUACCGUGAAGUAAUGGCCGAUACUGAAUUUUACAUUGGAGCGAAUGCCUUCAAAAAUGUGAUCCCGAAAACAUGGAAUCUGCCCACUGACAGAGUCGAAGAGUUUGCCCAGCAAUUAAAACAAUUUUAUCUGGGCAACGAUGAUGUCACGAAAGAUAUCGGAAAAUUCUUCGACAUUCUGUCGGAUGUAACUUUUUUGCACGGUAUUCAUUUGGCUAUUGUAGGUAGAUUGAGUGACGAAUUUUCAGCUCCGACAUAUUUUUAUCGAUUCGCUUUCGCUGGAAAUCCUAAAUAUAACAUGAUCAGACAGGUCCUAGUGCCGAAUGAUGUGAAAGGUAUUUGCCAUGGUGAGGACAUUGCAAGUUUAUUUAAGGCUGCAAUGAUAAAGGAACCAGUAAUUAACAGUGCCGAUCACAAAACCAUCGAUAGAAUGACAAGAAUGUUCACAAAAUUCGCCGCUACCGGCAACCCAAACUGUGAUCUUAUUCGCCCAAUCGUUUGGAGUCCAUUGGAGAAACAAUCAAUCCCGCCAUUUAAGUGUUUGAAUAUCGAUGAGGAUGUGUCUUACAUAUCCUAUCCCGAAGCGAAACGAAUGGAUUUUUGGGAUUCAUUGUUUAAGGCAACGCUUUAACCCAUUUCUAAGUUUUU